AUGAACAAGAUGGUUGGAGGAAAUCAGUCUAUGGUGACAGAAUUUGUGCUUCUGGGACUUUGCCACUCUUGGAAAAUUCAAGUGUUACUCUCUGUAAUAUUUUUGAUGCUUUACUUGUUCAUCAUACCUGGCAAUAUUGUCAUUGUGACUUUAAUCAUCACUGACACCCAUCUGCAUUCCCCCAUGUACUUCUUGUUGGCAAAUCUGUCCUUUGUUGAUAUGUGGCUUUCCUCAAUCACUACUCCUAAAAUGAUCACGGACCUUCUCAGAGUGAACAAGACCAUUUCUUUUGGAGGAUGCAUGUCCCAGGUAUUCUUUUCUCAGUUCAUUGCAGCUCUUGAAAUGGUUCUGCUGGUGGUAAUGGCCUAUGACCGCUAUGUGGCCAUCUGCAAACCACUGCACUACUCCACUAUUAUGAGCCUGCAAAGGUGCAUUGGGCUGGUGGUGACUGCCUGGACAGCUGGUCUUGUGCAUGCUAUGAGUCAAGUGGUUUUUAUUGUAAAGCUUCCUUUCUGUGGUCCCAGAGAAAUAGAUAGUUUCUUCUGUGACAGACCACUGAUAAUGAAGUUAGCCUGCAUAAAUUCUUAUAAUUUGGAAAUUUUCAUGAAUGUGAAUUGUGGCUUUGUGGCCCUAACUUCCUUUGUUCUCUUGCUGAUAUCCUACACACAUAUUCUUAUUACUGUCUGCAAAAGCCCUAAAACUGGUGCAAACAAGGCACUGUCCACCUGCACUGCCCACAUCACAGUUGUGGUGCUGUUUUUUGGGCCCUGCAUCUUUCUGUAUGUGUGGCCACUCAGCCUCACCUGGAUAGACAAAUUUCUUGCUGUGUUUUACUCUGUUUUCACACCUCUCUUAAAUCCGGUCAUUUAUACACUAAGAAAUAAUGAAAUGAAAAGUUCUAUGCAGAGAUAUAGAAAAUACUAUGUGGAUUCUAUACGAAGUGUUUUAUGCCUAGAAACCUAG